AUGCGUCAGAGAUCCAGUGAGACAAACGCUGUUUGGCGAGUGCGUGACCUUUCUUCAGACCACCAUGACAUACAAAAAGCUGGUCCGACUGGCUGCUAUAUGCUCGUGGUACCAUCCACGUACGCCCUCAGACUCCGCACAGGACACAACAGCCACAAUGCAUCGUCCCCUUCGCCGUCAGCAAAACAUUCCCUGGUGUAUUACUUCAUGCUAUCUUCGGGAGUCCCAGACUUCCCAGAUUAUGUGGUCAGCACAAACGUUGAUAAGGUGAUUGUUGCCUACCAUGACAGCAAUAUGAAAACAUAUGAACAUAGACAAGCUUGGGUAAGAAAAUUAAUCAAAGAUGACCCAGAGUACUGGAACAGCAGGAUUCUACAGGCCAUGGACUAUCACCAGCUCUUCAAAGCUGAAACUGACCCUUUCAAGCUGCACUCAAAUGAAAGUGGAGGUGUUCACAUCAACCAGCAGAUUGCGGGCUGUGAAUGGGAUGAUGAGACUGAAAAGGUAGAUGGUUAUAACCUGCACGCUUAUAACGGAGAGGACUUUAUAUCAUUUGACAUGGAGACAGAGACAUGGAUCGCUCUAAACCCACGGGCUCAAAUCAUUAAAGAGGAAUGGGACAAAAAUAAAGAUAACAACGUCCGUUGGAAGAACUAUCUUGACAAUAUUUGUCCAAUGUGGCUGAAGAAAUAUUUAAAGUAUGGACAGAGUGAUCUCAAGAGAACAGACCUUCCCUCAGUGUCUCUCCUCCAGAAGACUCCCUCCUCUCCGGUCAGCUGCCACACUACAGGUUUCUACCCUGGCAGAGCCAUGAUGUUCUGGAGGAAAGAUGGAGAGGAGCUUCAUGAGGACGUGGACCUCGGAGAGAUCCUCCCCAACCCUGAUGGAUCCUUCCAGAUGACUGUUGACCUGAACCUUUCAUCAGUCACACCUGAAGACUGGACCAGGUACGAGUGUGUGUUUCAGUUCUCUGGUGUGAAGGAGGACAGUGUCACCAGACUGGACAAAGCAGUGAUCAGGACCAACUGGGUUGAAACUGUAUUUAGAACUGGCAAUGAGGAGCCCAGUAACAGGACCCCCCACAUUACUGCUGCAGUGGUUGUUGUUGUUGCUGCCGUCGUCGUUGCUGCUGUUGGAUUUGUGGUUUACAAAAAGAAGAAAGCCAAUCGCCCUCAACCCCCUCCUGUCGAGCUCGCUGAGAAACUGAAUCCAGAAACAUGAUGGCAGACACAUCGCCCUGCACACUGUGAUGUCAUGUGGGUCAACAGAAGAGAAAAUGUUGAGAGAAGUACUGACACCUCCAGUUCAACAAGCUGCAAGAAUCUAACAGCAGAGAAAUGCCCGGUGGUCCGGCAAGACUUUUGGGCCGAACGACUUGAAAA